AUGGUCAACCCGGCCAAACUGGUUGGGCAACGAAGCCUCUUCUCAUCAAACAACCAAAACCUUCCACGCAUCAACAUACCCCACAAUGGUCGCGAUUGCUGGGCCGACAGCGAGUGCAAUAGCAGCGUGGAGUACUGCAAGCGCCGGGUGGGUCACUGCAACUCGGAGGGCUUCUGCGCUUCCAGGCCCACUGACUGCGCCUCCACGGGCACCCCGGUGUGCACCUGCACUGGCGAGACCCUUGAAAACGACUGCUCUGCCGCCGCCGCUGGCGUCACCGUGGCCUACGAGGGUGAGUGCACUAACUGA